UUGUCCAGGGCAACGGAUUAGACCACUAUAGUUUUAAAUCUUCAAUAUAAACAGAUCAAUCAAAAGCAAGUUCUUUACUUUUUUACUUAAUAAUAUCUGGCAAUGCUAUUGCAAACUUAUUUUGAAUAAAUAUUUUGAAAUACAUUUCAUUUGACGGUGACGCUGUAAAAUUUUACGAGUAAAUUCUAUAAAAGUCAGUUUUUGAUUUCUCAUUUAAUAUUGAUUUGCUUUCCCAAUAUUCUGCUUAAUUACCUCUUUGUACAAUAAAAAAAAAUUGAUUGAAACGUAACAUUUUAAACAAUGGGUGUUCCAGCUGGCAAUGCGGAGAACGGAAAGAAGAUUUUCAUGCAAAAAUGUGCCCAAUGUCAUCCGAUUGAGAAGGGUGCUCGUCAUAAGGUUGGACCAAACCUGCAUGGUGUAGUUGGACGAAAGAGUGGUUCACUCGGGGAUUAUAAAUAUACGGAUGCAAAUAAAAGUAAAGGUGUAACUUGGACUGAAGACGCAUUAUUCGAGUACUUGCAGAAUCCGAAGAAAUACAUACCAGGCACAAAAAUGGUAUUUGCGGGAAUCAAGAAGGCCGAAGAACGAGCCGAUGUUAUUGCGUUUUUAAAGAGCGCGAAGUAAAAUCCAUAAUUCU